CCCAAUCAAUGAAACUAUCUUCGGAUCUGCGGUCCGGAUACUGGCAGAUACGAAUGGCGGAUGAAUAUGUUCACAAAACUGCCUUCCGAACUGGAUACGGAUCGUACGAGUAUCUGGUAAUGCCGUUCGGACUCACCAACGCACCUGCAACGUUCCAAGCAGAAAUUAAUCAUAUCCUACGCCCACUCUUGGACGAAUGCGUGAAAUUCAAAGCCGUGCGUACGUGGAAGACACUCGAGAACGUGAAGGAGUUACAGCAAUUCCUUGGUCUCCCUAACUACUACAACAGGUUCGUGCCACAAUACGCGAAGAUCGCUGCGCCACUCACGAAUCUGCUAAAAAAGAACACGCCCUAUAAAUGGGAGACGAAACACCAGGAAUCCGUGGAGCAGCUAAAACAAGCACUCACGUCCGUACCCGUACUCAUCUUGCCAGACCCUGAACGCGACUACGUCAUCGAAGCUGACGCCAGUGACCAGGCAGUGGGAGCAGUCUUGAUGCAAGACCAGGGGAAUGGCCUGCAACCAAUUGCCUACCUCAGCAAAAAAUUACACGGGGCAGAACUCAACUACCCGAUACACGACAAGGAGGCCCUUGCUAUCAUCAUCGCCUUCAAAACGUGGAGAUGCUAUCUCGAAGGACGCAAGACGACAGUCUACGCCGACCAUUGCAGCCUAAAAUAUUUGAAGACGCAACCAAGCCUCUCUAGGCGGCAGGUCCGGUGGAUUGACUUCCUCGAGACACACUUCCACUAUGACAUCGUGUACAAGCCCGGCCACAAAAACAAAGCAGAUGUGUUUAGCCGGCUUGCACACGUUGCCGCGAUCCAGAUUGAAGGGACGAAUCCACUCCUCAAGGGACUCUUCACACACGGGUACACCAUCGACCCCGAAAUUCCCUUGGCAGAAAAGCGACAUCUGCUACAGUGGGACAACGACAUCGCGUACCGGAAAGGAUCAACGAAGAUCUGGGUACCUAAUUACCCUCCAUUGCGCCAGUUACUACUCGAAGAAUACCACGACGUCCUGUACGCGAGACACUUCGGUAACAACAAGACGCUCACCGGUAUCGCCAAACACUACUACUGGCCCCACAUGGCAGAUGACGUACAGAAAUUCGUCACCUCGUGCACUACAUGUCAGCGGAUGAAGAGCAGCAAGAAGAAAAAGGCGGGUCUGCUACAGCCUCUUCUUGUCCCAGAACAGCCAUGGCAAGUGGUAAGCCUAGACUUCAUCACCGGGCUACCAACUACCACAAGCGGUCAUGACGCGAUCCUCGUUGUCAUUGACAAGUUCUCCAAAAUGGGACACUUCAUCCCGACACACACCACAGCAUGCACCGAGGAGACAGCACAACCCUUUGUUUGCUACAUCAUCUCACAACAUGGCAUUCCGACCACACUCAUCUCCGACCGAGACCCUAAGUUCACCAGUAAAUUCUGGAAAGAACUGAUGUUUCUACUCGGAAACCAAACUCGUCAUGUCAUCCGCAUACCAUUUGCAGACAGACGGACAGGCCGAGCGCCUCAACUAAAUUGUGGAGCAACUCCUCUGCGCAGCUUGCAAGGACGACAUCUCCAAAUGGGACUUGCAUCUGCCCGUCCUGGAGUUUGCCUACAACAAUGCUACUCAUGCCGCUACUGGACAGACGUUGUUCUUCCUCUGUUACGGACGCCAUCCACUCACACCUCAACAGCCAAACAUACCAGCCACAGUCCAACCCGCUCAUGAUUUCAUCACGACCAUGCACAAACUUUG